AUGACGAUCGAAGAUGGAAACAAGCCGAAGGACUCGACCUUGAGUGCACUUCUCAAGAAGCAGGCCAAGAUAUCGAACCCAGAAUUUGACGAGUUUGCUGCGCGGAAGAAGCAGCGCGGGCCUGGCAAGCCACCGUUAUUGUGGUUUGGAUCACCAUCUUUGCCAGAGAACCUAUCGCUAGGAGUCUACCGUGCCAUAUUUUCGAACGAAGAGCAAGAGGAGGAAUCGCACAUCUUGGAGACAAUACGGAAGAAACAGCUGUCACCCACGCAGCCUCCAAAAGUUAAGCCUGAUGGUGGCGUCCCUUUGCCUGGUGCAGACAUCGGUCCUCACUACUUCCUUUGUAUGAUAGGAGGUGGUCAUUUUGCGGCCAUGGUCGUAGCUCUGGCGCCUAAGAUGGGCAAGAAACACACCGGUGUGGAUGAGCGGUCGGCGACAGUGAUUGCACACAAGACCUUCCACCGAUAUACCACUCGACGGAAGCAAGGUGGAUCGCAAUCGGCAAACGACAACGCAAAAGGGAACGCGCAUUCUGCCGGAUCUUCGAUACGUCGAUACAACGAAACUGCACUCGUGAAUGAAGUGCGCGAGCUCCUGUCGAGCUGGAAGGCAAUGAUUGACACAGCCGAGCUUGUCUUCGUUCGGGCGACUGGCGCGACCAACCGACGGACAUUGUUUGGGCCAUACGAAGGCCAGGUCUUGCGAAACAACGACCCGCGUAAUCGAGGAUUCCCGUUUAGUACACGACGUGCAACACAGAAGGAACUCAUGCGCGCAUUUGUGGAGCUUACUCGCGUCAAGCAAAGCACCAUCGACGAGGCUGCUCUUGCUGCGUUGAACGCUCCUCCAGCCGAGACCGCACCGACACCCGCUCCAGUGAAGCCGAAGGCACAGAAGCCAUCAAAAGAAGAAGAGGAAGGUGGCGCAGAUCCUACCAUCAUGAACGAUGAUGCUCGUACACCUUUCACUGUAGCUGGUGACCGCGCAACACGUGAUGCGUUCCGAGUCGCGCGACAUGAGCUUGGCGAGUCGGUCUGGCAGUGGGAUCAAGCCGGAGUACCUUCUGCACUUUCUAGAGCAGAUGCUGAAAAGCGCGACACUCAGGAGAAGACGGAGAAGGCUGCAGAAAGCAAGGCGGAGUCCGAAAGACGGAAAGCGGAGACAGAGCGCGUGCGGAAAGAAGGCGAAGCCGAAGAGGCCAGACGGAGGGAGCAGCGAUUGGGCAAGGGUAAAGCGUUGGGCGUUUUGCCUGUCAAGACUGGUGCGGAGCUGAGAGAGGAGGAGGCACGAGAUAGAAAGGGAGCGAAGAGCUAG